AUGGAUUACCCUUUGGAGCAAUCGUUGGACCUUUUAUCAGAGCCGCCCAGUCUCUCUCCCGUGCCUCUGCUCGAUAAACCUGGGGCGAACCAUACCUCCACCACCCCUUCUCCACUCCUCCCCUCUGGAUCUUCGUUAACUCUUCUCCCAAACACCUCCUCCUCUUCCUCCCUGCCUUACCACUUGCUCUCCUACACCUUCUCGCCUAACGACUUGGCCGACCUCGAGAGUAAACUCCUCUGGACCCUUCACGAGCCGAGCACCAUCGCCCUGACCGCCAUGUACUGCGUGUCCUUCGUUUUGGGGUUCAUCGGAAACCUGAUGUCCCUCCGCGUGCUGACCAAUCGGCACAGUCGGCGUCUGGCUGGGGUCAGUGCCACGAGGAACCUGCUGGUGAACCUGGCGGUGUGUGAUCUGGCGGUGGUGUGCGUGUGUAUGCCCAUCACACUGGGGAGUCAGAUCUACACGGUGUGGGUCUACGGGGACUUCCUGUGCCGAGCGGUGCCCUUCACACAGGCCAUCUCGGUGUCGGCCAGCGUCCUGACCCUGACGGUGAUCAGUGUGAACAGGUACUUCAGUGUGCGCUCUCCGCUCCGGGCUCGUUCCAUGUUCACGCGUCGCCGUAUCCUGCUCACGGUGGCAGUGGUGUGGGCGGUGUCCUCGCUCAUGUGCGCCCCUCUGGCCGUCAUGAACCGACGCAGGGAGAUCAGCUUCGAAACCUUUGCCAUCUUGGUGUGCCAUGAGGAGUGGCCCGAGCAGCGCCUCAAGCAGGGGUACAACGUGCUCCUGUUCGUCAUGCUGUACUGCCUGCCCGUGACCUUUAACCUCACCAUCGGGUUCCUGACUGGGCGGAGACUGUGGGGUGGUCACAAAUCCGCCUUCUCUGACCUGGACCCACGCAGUCAGGCCCUACACGACUCCCGCCUCAAAAUGCGCCAGAAAAUCGCCAAGAUGGUGGUCUGUCUGGUGCUCCUGUUCGCCAUCUCGUGGCUGCCACUAUACCUGGCUGACCUGCUCAUCGACUGGGAGGAGAGUCCACCAUCUUGGCUCCUCCAGGCUCGCCCCUUUGCCCAGUGGCUCGGCCUCACCAACUCCAGCCUUAACCCCAUCUGCUAUUGCUUCAUCGGGGACCUUUACCGUUCGGCCAAAGUCAUCCGGACGCGGUACUACCAGAAAGUCGCAGCUCUUUUUGGAUCGUCCACAUUUUCCAGAUCAGCGGGUGUGGGCUCACCUUCCAUGCGGAUUACUGACAGCAAAAGGAGCGGCAACGAGCACGCCACCGCGGCCGCUGUGGUAGCCUCGGCCUCCAUGGUGACUCUACCCCGCCUGCUGAGCCUGGCGAAGGGACAGGGUCUUGGCCAGCGGGUACGGGACAGCUCGCUUAGCCGCGGAGGGUCGGACCACAGCAUCUCAGACUGGGGCCGUACUUGUCCCUUAUACGACAGCUCUUUUCACCUCCACAUACAGGGGGAUAUCAGGCCCACCAGGCGGCACUCAGUGGAUGAGGGCUGCGGAUUAUUGCCUUCCCGAAUUGAGUCGGCCGAAAUGCUCCCACUGAGGAGGCAUUCUGGGGAGCGGCUGUUGGCGCUGUCGGAGGAGAGGGAGGUGGGGACUGUGGGGAGGGGCGGGCUCUGUUUGGUGGGGGAGCAGAGGAGGAGCUCAGAACAGUGCUACAUUGGGGUGGGGGAGCGCGAGGACACCACCAGCCUUUGA